GUCCCGGGCAGUUGCCAGGGUAACUAGUCAAGAGUGUGUGGUGGCUUCUGUAUAAAGCAGGUCUUGAGUCUCUGCUGGGAUUUGCCAUAGGAAAGAUGCAUCAUUAUUAGAUGCCAGACCUGUUGUCAUCUGUGCUAAGUUGCAACCAAGAUGGCUAAGUACAGACUUGUUCUCCUAAGACAUGGGGAAGGAGCCUGGAACAAGGAGAAUCGCUUCUGCAGCUGGGUGGACCAGAAGCUGAGCAGUGAUGGGAUAAAGGAAGCUCAGAACUGUGGCAAACACCUUAAAGCUCUGGGCUUUGAGUUUGACCUUGUCUUCACGUCUGUACUCAGCCGCUCCAUCCAGACUGCAUGGCUUAUCCUGGAAGAGAUGGGCCAAGAAUGGGUGCCCAUUCAGAGUUCCUGGCGACUUAAUGAGCGUCACUAUGGCGCACUGAUUGGUCUCAACAGAGCAGAAAUGGCUCUGAAUCAUGGGGAGGAGCAAGUGAGAAUGUGGAGGAGAAGCUAUGAUGUUACCCCACCUCCCAUAACAGAAUCUCAUCCUUACUAUGAAGAGAUAUACAAUGAUCGCCGGUAUAAAUGCAGUGAUGUCUCUCAGGAUAAUCUCCCAAAGGCUGAAAGUCUAAAAGAUGUGCUUGAUAGACUCCUUCCAUAUUGGAAUGAAAAGAUAGUGCCAGAACUGAAAAGUGGCAAAAUGAUCCUUAUCUCUGCUCAUGGUAACAGCAGCAGGGCACUGCUGAAGCAUGUGGAAGGCAUCUCCGAUGAGGACAUCAUCAAUGUUACUCUCCCCACUGGUGUGCCUAUACUUCUGGAACUUGAUGAGGAUCUGCACCCUCUGGGCCCUCAUCAGUUUCUGGGUGAUCAAGAAGCUAUCCAAGCUGCCAUCAAAAAAGUGGAAGAUCAAGGGAAAGUAAAAUCUGCUGAGAAGUAAAACCCCACUAAUACAGCUGUUCUUAGUGUGGUAAUAAGUGAUGAUUUAUGUAUGACUGCUAGGUUGCUCUGUGUGAAAGUCUCAAUUUCAAGCACUAAAUAAUUGGAAGAGGCAGUUGUUGAGUCUUGGUCUCUGCCUUUCAAAAACUGGAAUUUAGAUCUCAGCAUGAGGUUAUGGAUAACUGAAAAAAGAAAUCAAGAGAUCAUUCAGGAUGGAAACUUGCAGGGCAGUUUGCCCCAGAUCUAGGAUUCAGGGUGGCCCAAUACAGAAAAAAAGGAUUGUUAUUGGUAUCUACCAGUAAUCAGUCUUAAAUCUGUUAAGGGGAAAAGCACCAGUUUACUGGAUUGUCCAGGCUGUUGUAGGUACUAAAACUUUCUCACAGUUUUUUAUCACUUGUUAAGCUACCCAGUAUGAUUAUUCUGUGUCAGUGGCCAUGACAGUUUGUUCUGGAUGAAGUUCCUUUGGUCUUUCAGAACACUUCCAGCUGUACAACUUUGCCUUUGUUAUUUUGAGUCUUCCAAGGCCAGUUCAUGGUCCAGAGGAGAAUUUUUGUAGAGACGUUCAGACUUAUAGUUACUAUAGUUGUCUUUUGUUACACUAUAGUCCAGUUUUUAAGGAAUCUGGAAGCAAGCCCUUUUCCUCCACCAUCUUUGCAAAGCCUAGCAUGACUGCAUUUUGCUGGCUUGCAACAACAGGGUUUAACUCAGACUUUAGUCCACAAACUAAGCACAAAGGUUUCCUGCUCAAUGUUUAAGUUAUCACUUAGCUCUUAGUGAGUGAUCUGAAUAGCUUUGAAACACUUAACACAUACUAGAGGUUUGAUCAUCUUAGUCAAGUUAAAAUAAUUCCUGCUUACCUCGGUAAAACUGGAUAUAGGAAAAUCCCCCUCUAAGCUUUCCUGAGUUGCAAAGAUCUCUUUUUACUCAAAGAUAAGUAUGUUCCACAGUAAUAGUACUGUGGCAUUCCUUGUAUCAAUUUCUCCAGAGGGCUGGAAGAGAUGUAUAAAGUAUUUGAGAAGUGGAUGCAGCUUAUUCAGCCAUUACCCUGGUAGAGGAAGGAUAUUGGGCCAUGCCUGAAAGUAUUCUCCGAUAAAACUCCUCUCACAAUUCCAGCUUGAUUCCAGCUGAUUCUAUUGCUGUUGUGUUUGGCACUGAAUUUGAACAGUUCACUCUAUGGUUGGGUCUAGUGUAGCAUGUAUGCCAAUUUGGUGUUCUCUUUGUACACAAGCACCAGGAUGAUUCCACUUUUGAAGACUUGCUCUAAUCCUACUUGCAAAUACAAAACUGUUACUUGAAUGUAGAUCUGACCUAGUGUCUCAGCGCCUGAGGAUUUGGAUUCUGACCUCAGUUACCAACAUAGGUGGCACUUGGUAUGUACUGUUUGAGCUGAAUGUGUUCUCAGCAUGGCCCAGCUACAAAUCUUGAGAAAUUGAUGAGAAUUCCCUUGGUAUGAUGACAGUAUUAACUACUAAAAUCCUAGAGUAGCUGCUUCUUUGCAGGGAGCAGCAUUGAAGCUGACUUCAUAGGUGUGAGAGGAUUUUUUUUUUUUUUCCUUUGAGGAGAGCAGUGUGACAGUGUGGUGUGCCCCUGACUGUCUCCUUGCUACAUGGAGCUAUCGGACUUUCCUGGUCUGAUGCUGACUUGCAUUACUGAAGCACAUACUCCAAAAAAGGCUUCAUGUUAGAUGGUAGUUUCUUUCUCUUGCAUGGAUGAUGAUUGGGGUUUCGUUUUGGUUUUGUGCCCCUUGCUGUAGAAACCAAGUUACAUAUUUCUUUUCAACAUAAAGCUGGUAGCUUUCCUCUUGCUUUGUACAAGCAAGGAUAUUUUGGGUUUUUUUUUUGUUUGUUUGUUUUUUGUUCUCUGAAAUACUAUUAGUAGCUUCCCUGCUACUCUGUUUGAUAUUGACUUCUUUCUGGGGCUUUAGUUUUCUGUGUGUAGAGUAACUCUAAAUCUUAGUUAAUACUUUACAAGUCAGUGUAAUGGAAUUAGAUUGCUGAUCAGCAGAUGUUCAGCUGACAGUGCCCUGAGGAGGGCCACUGGCACUCAAGUUGAUUAGGUUCUUCCCCAAAUAUUCAAUAAUGUGUGAAGUUCAGUUUCAAGUAAGUUACUGUAGCCUUGUUCACAAGGCAAGCAGAGCCACCUGUUGUCAGCAGGAGCUUCAUGCAUCCAGAUGUGUGGGCUUACAGGCCUUGGCUAUCAGUGUCCAUAACCCUUUUGGCAUUGUGUUACUGUAGCGUAGAACUUGUUCAGGUCCUGAGAUGCAGCUGGAAUAUACUUGGAAACAGACCCAGCUGAACUGGGAGAUAGGCUCUCUCCUCCCCUUCUCUUAGAGAAUUCAUGAUCUUUUUUGUGGAUGGGAUGUCGAUGGAUUCUGGGGAAUGGAAAGGUGUACGAGUGAAUGCAGAGAGCAUUAUUUCUUACUGCACCUGUGUGGAUAAAAUUGACUGAAAACGGCCUUUCAGAGUGUCAUGGACAGUAAGAAAAGAACACAAUGUGAUUUUUUUCAGGUAGCACUGUUUUUACAGUGCUGCUUGAGACAUGAGUAGUGACAGUGCCCUUGGAAGCUUGACUUAAUUUGCUUUGGUUGUGUCUCCAAAGCGAUGACAGGAUUUUACAUGCAUACCUGGCAGCAAUACCACCUCACAAAAGUACCAAAUGGAACCAACUGGAGAUUUCAUUGUGCUCUUCACGAUUAUUUUAACACCUUACAAUGUUUGCUUCUGAAUAGCCUUCUAAUUAAAUUCCUGAUUCAUAAAACAUGUAUAUUGAAGAACAGAAACGAACUUUCAUCACCAGUGGCAUGAAGGAUGCCUGAUCUUCAGGCAUAGCUACAUUAGAUGGAGAAAUGAGAAACUUGCUGGUGGCUUUAGAGAUCAGUGGUUGGAAAACAUUUUCCCCAUAUGCCUCGAAGUCCUAUAAGGUAAACAGUGUUCUCACAGUUGACAUUAUGGAUGUGGUUGAUCUGGUUUGUUUAUGCAUUUUUAACUUGUGGUUCAGUAGCAGUAAUAGCUCUAGAAUCCUCUUGAAAACCUCUGUAAAUAUGGUGGAGCUGGCAGGUUUUCUAUAACUCAAUAAAUUCACCUGAAAAAAAAUCUAACUUGGU